CCUAUUCAAUUGCUAAUUUUAUUGGUAUUUCUCAUGACUGCUUUUAUUUUGAUCUGAAUUUUUGUUCUUUUGUAUUCAAAUUCCAUUUUCAUAAGUUAAUUAAUAAAAGAGCAGUGUACAUUUUUGAAAACCAAAAAGAAACUGAAGGAGUAAGCGAUCAAAGAGCGGAAAGUAGCCGAAAAAAUGACAAUGGGUGGUGAAACACCAACAUCUUCUCUAAUUUUUCCAGUAUUGUUGAGGCCCAUCAUUGCAAAGUUGGAGCGUCGAGAUGUUGGGGCAGCACAGUCUCUGCGUUCAGCCAUAAUGAAAUGUGAGCAAAAUAACCCAGGUUUAUGUUAUGAUCUCGUGGCGGCCAUUAUACGUCGUGCUGAACUAAAUGUUAAUCUAAAUGAAGCAGUGCUUCGCUUGCAAGGAAAUAUAGCCGAGUCGGAUUUACACGAAUAUCGUCUUACACGUACUGAAGAACCAUUCCAAGAGCUAAACCGAAAAUCGGUUGCUCUUAAAGUCAUAUUAAGUCGUAUCCCCGAAGAGAUAACCGAUCGUAAAGCUUUCUUGGAGACCAUUAAGGAAAUUGCCAGCGCCAUAAAAAAGCUAUUGGAUGUGGUUAAUGAAAUCGGAUCCUUUAUACCAGGAGUCACAGGCAAACAAGCGGUUGAGCAACGUAAAAAGGAGUUUGUAAAAUAUUCCAAAAAAUUUAGCACAACGCUUAAGGAAUAUUUCAAAGAGGGACAAUCGAAUGCAGUAUUCAUAAGUGCACUUUAUCUGAUACGGCAAACGAAUCAAAUAAUGUUGACAGUAAAAAGUAAAUGCGAAUAGAAAACUAAAAUAUACAUUAGUGGAAUUUAUCUUUA